GUGGAGUAAGUUGCGGAAAAUAAACGAAUUCUUCUUCUCAUGGAUUUGUAAAUAAACAGCUCUCUACGAAGCUAUUUCACGAGUACGACCAGUGUCUCUUUACUUGUUGAGAUAAACAUCUAACACGUGUUUGAUUCUUAAUUUCAGAAUGUGGGUGUGUUCUUCCAGCACCCAAUAAAUAAGAGUCCAAACAGUUGGAUCAGUGUCAUGUCUAUCUAUGACAUAUACAAGCAACGAGAUGUCUCCCUGUUGUACAUCUACAGAUACGAAGAAACUACGACACACUGGACAUUCGCUAUUAGGACAAAGAAGUUUCAGAAGGGUUCGGCAACGAUAGAAGGGUCACCAGAGUGUUACAGAAUGGAGCUGACAACAGGAAACAUUUCCAGGGUGAACAUGUCUGACUGCUGGAACUCACUGUUCUCACAGCCAACCAGCCUGCACAUCAACUUUACCUACACACCACCAGAACCUGUCAUUAAAGAAAAGAUAUUCGGCGACAUCGUGUACAACAUGAAGGUCAUGAAGAACAACUCCUGCAUGGCAUACAAAAACUCUGCAGCCAGUGGGAACGGACCUCCCUUGCCAAUCUUUGGCUAUUUCCGUGUGAAUGCAAGUCUGGCAAACUUCACUGGACCUCAUCUUCUCCUGGACAACGGUCAGCCUCGCCUCUACCGGCCCCAGAGAGACCUUCAGGACAUCAGCGAGGUGUGGCGCACAGGAUAUGGCCGGUGUGAAAGUUCUGGAACUCGUGCUCCUACCUUCGACAGCAGCAAAGAAGUUGACUGUAGCAACAACUGAUGAUAGGAGGACUGUGUGGCGGAUGAAUAAUAAGUACAUAGUGCUACAGUGCUAAAGGAGGUCUGUGUAAUGGAGGAACAGUGUGUUUGUGUGCACAGAUAUACAUGUGUCAUAUGUAAACAACAUGCAUGUUUAGAGUGCAAAGGAAAGUAUGUGUAAUAGGGAAUAGAGUAGCACAGUGCAUCGGAUGGAUGGAGUUUUUUUUAAAAGUAUGAAAUUCUGUAAUACGGGUGAAACAAUCAAACUCUUCUUUAUACUGGUGACAUUCCUAAAGCAGUGCAGUCAUGCGUAACCCUCACUUUUUUGAUACAAUUGUUUUCAUGGAAAUAAAAAAAAAUGAAUCUCUCUGUACAGAGAAAAAUUGUUGCAGUUCAAGUGGUAGCUCCGGUCACAAACAUUUAUAAAGAAUGAAGUGUGUAUAGUCAGAGGAUGUCAUAAUAAAUUGAUAAAUUGAUACAGGCUAAUAACAUUGAUACAAUAUUUUUUGAAGUUGAAAGAAAAUCUGUGUAUUCACAGCCAGAAUGAGAUCAGGGUGGAGAAGAUGAGCCAUGGUACAUGGUCAAACGAAAACGGACAUGGUUGACGCCGGUGUAGGAACUUACUGAGAGAUUAUUUCCAAGAGGAAUUCUCUAUAAUAUAAUCUCUUCUAGGAGCUGCUACCAGUACAAAUAUCACCAGAAAUACCGUUGAGUAUUCUGCAUAACGAGGUGUCACUAAAUAAACACUCACAUCAAUCAACUCACUUGACACAGUUUACACUGUCUCUUCAUUCCAUACCAGUUAGCGAAAUGAUGUUUUCCUCAUCACCAAGAUGAAGAUGACGACGAUAAUUUACAGUGUUAAAUCUCGACAAAAAUGUAAAUGCACAAACAUAACACACAAAGAUCCCGUACAUGUGCAGUACAUCAGUCAGAAUCUUACUGAGAAACUAAGGUACACAAACA